AUGCAUGUUCAGCAGCAUGCCGGCAUCAAUAAGACUACAGCAGCAAUUGCAGUCAAGUAUCAUUGGGUCCGGAUCAAGGAAACCGUAAGCAGGGUCAUCCGAGAUUGUCCCCAAUGCAAGGAGACACUCAAAUCACCCUUGACCAACGGGCUCUUCAGGAACGAAGAUAUGCCGGAAGAGGAGGAUCAAACAAGCAGUCGUGAGAGCGAGCCUAGUAUGCCAAGCAACGAGGACAUGGGAACGAACCCGCUCAUGGACCAUGUAUCUCUGGAUGCCCAUCAAAGCCAGAAUCCCUUUGUCACCACCCAUCCAUCCGUUGUUCCAGGAUCAGUAGAUUCUAUCAGCGAUUACGUUAUGCCUCUCGACCCCCAAAUCAUUGAUAUUCACCAGCAACUUCCCAGAUUCCAAACUCAUGAUGCUAUGACCGACCCUUAUACGCACGGCCCUCAUGGCUUGUCUAGCUCGCAUUUUGAUGACGAUGUGCGGCAUCAUGCAGCUAGUGAUUACCAUAUGAUGGUUGAUGACCCAUCUGAUCCAGAUCCUGGAUCGGCACUCCAUCAGGAUGCACUUGGGCUAGUACAUUCACAAGUAAGUGAUGUGCAUCACCACGAACAGAUACUGGCCAAGUAUCAGUAUGUAGGGCAACCAGAUGAUGACUUGGACUUUACAUGA